GAAGAUCCGUUUCCCUAUCAGCUCAGGGUCGGAAAGUAUCGAUCCAAAAAUGUUUGUCAUAGUGGAAACGUUAACUGGAAAGCGCUUGAAUAUUGAAGUUGAGCCAAGUGAUACAAUUGAGAAUUUAAAACAUAAAAUCCAGGACAAAGAGGGCGUUCCUCCAGAGCAACAGCGGCUUCUUUUUGGAAAGCAGCUGGAGGACGGAUGCACUCUCACAGAUUAUGGAAUUCCAAAUGGGGCGCUCAUGUACAUGGUUAUAAGGCUUAGAGGGGGAGGGCAACUUGAACAAAAUAUUGAGGAAACUAUUGAAAUUGAAGUUCCUUACUAUUCUGAGGAAGACUUCAGCGAGGAAGACUUCAGUGAGGAAGACUUCAGCGAGGAAGACGAUGGCACAGGAAGCAAGAAUCCCAAAAAGCAAAGUAUGGAAAAUCUAGUUUUCAUGUAAAUACUUUCAAAAACACUCAGAUCAACAUGUCAGUGGCCCAAGCGCCCAGUGACUUCUGAGCAAACUGGGAAGUCCCCCCCCAGUCAUAUCAGAGAGAUUCUCUGCAACAUCCACUGAAGCUUGCUCAGCAGUGAUGAGGGGAAAGCUUUCGAAGGCAGAGAGCUGAGAGAAUGUUUUCUACUCACCCCACGGAACAAAGAUGAUGAUGCAUUAAUGCCCCAUUUCAACAGAUUUGGUCUUUGCGAUUUAUUAUGAUCAGUAGUUUUUAUAAAUCAGCUGUUGCUCUGCCACAACUGGUUCAGCCAGGCAGAUGACACACAUAUGAAGAGCCAGAUGGACACUACUUCAAUUAAUGAUAUCAUGUUCAGUCAGUAAAUGAUUCAGCAAAAUGGAAAUGUCCUUGGGUUACUGACUUGAAUUUUGAAUUUGUUAUUACUUUGUGUUAUGUGAACUUUUCAGAGAUAAAAAUUACUACUAUAAGCUUUAUUUUUGUAUAAACAGCCUGUUCUCAAGGAGAUAAUAAUCAGUAUAUUUUGGAUGGAUACCAAAAAAUCUGUUGCAUUUGAAGAAUUGUUUGUUUGAGGAUGAGCUCAACAAACUGAAGUGAAUAUUAACCAGCACAUUUCAUUGUCUUUGUUCUAUUUAAAGGAGCAUGUUUGUUAUAUUGUUAUGGUCCUAGCAGGGCCGCUUCCUGAGGUUGCCCUUGGGUGGGUGUGUUCUCCUGUCUCUCCUGCCUUAGGUGCCACCUUUUUUUUCUUUUUUUUUUGUACAGCUUACGCCCAUCAGCAAUUAGAAGUAUUUAAGGCCAGAGAAACGUGAGCUCUAGUGCCAGAGAGCCAUGUUAGUGGUUGCAGCUAGUGAGCUGUGUUUUGUGAUUGUUCGGAGGGGGUGAGUGUGUUUGGUGAUUAACCCUUUUUGACUUGCUUUCCAUUUUACUGAUCGACGUCUGAGUUUUGGUUUGUUUCUUCAAAUGGUGAUAGCGGCUUAUCAGUCUCUUUAAGUUGAGUUAUUAAUAGAAGCUUUAAAACUCUUUAAUUUAACCAUUUCACCUCCCUGUCUCCUUUUUUCGACCUGGAUGCUUUUUGUUACCUUCCCUCAUCCCCUCGACCUUUUUAGGGGAACGUAACAUAUGUAUGUAUAGAUGAAAACACUGUUUGUUUGACAUUUGCUGGGAUAAUUUGUAUUUGUUAAUACUAUUAUCAUAUUUUGUUCCUUUUUUGAAAAUCAAUAGUUAAAUAUGCAUCCUUACAAAAUCAAUGUUGUAUUCUGUCAUCACGGUUUAUUGAUGCUACAACAUCUCUUGAAAUCUCAUGGAUUUUCUUUUUUUAAACAAGGGUUUUGUACAUUUCUAUAUACUUGUAUGGUGAAAGUGGAGUGUUUUCAGCAAUGCUAAUCGAAACAUAUUUGAUUAGUUUUAUUUAUAUAUAGCAGACAUUUUUCUAUUUUGCUUCUACUCUGCUGUGAAUCUCUCAAAGAAAUGUAAAAGAAAAAGUCGAGCAUGAGAACCAUAAUAUGUAAUGAAUGUUGCCUCUUAUUUCUGUGCCACACAGGGUUGGCUGGUUUUCUUGGAGCGCAUUAUUGCUUGUGUGACAGUAUACUGCCUUCCCUCAUGUCAGCCCCCUGAACAUACAGUGGCUUGCAAAAGUAUUCGGCGCCCUUGAACUUUUCCACAUUUUGUCACAUUACAGCCACAAACAUGAAUCAAUUUUAUUGGA